CCGUCAUGAGCCGCUUUGGCUUUCUCGAAGUUUCACAACCGUGUGAUUUCCGUGAUAUUUCGCUGGGAUUUAUCAGACACUGCAGCCGCAGGACCUGAGACCCGAAGCGAAGGGACGUCGCUGCGUGAGCCGCUCACUCCCAGGGACCGGGCCUCAGACAGACAGAGCUGGCCAAGAGGAGGACUUUGAUAUGACUGCCAAGUGUUUGCUUUGCUGCUUGGCUCUGAGCUCUGCUAGUUUUCUUGUGGUCUACGCACACAUGCUAAUUGAAGAGAAGAGCGCCAUAAAUGCGUCUUCCAGCAGUCUACAAGCGAACGCUCACUCCGACGCUCCGCCCGUCCUGAUCGUAGAGUUGCCGAAAACAGUGCGGAGGAAUAAAAAAGAUGAGAAAAAACAAAGGAAGAACAAGUUCGGCGGCAGGAGCAAGCGACCCCCACCGCCGGCUAACUGCGUCCCUCUUUGGGGAAGUUGCAAACCGCCCAACAAUGCCUGCUGCGAGUACUGCGCUUUCUGCCAGUGCCGUCUUUUUAAAACCGUGUGCUACUGUCGCAUGGGAAACCCGCGGUGCUGAGGACCUCAGGAAACAUUCGUUUGUUUUUUUGUUUUUUUGUAUCUAAGGGUAAAAUCGAUCAGACUUCAUCAUACGUAUUUUAACCUCCCUCAAGUGUUUUAUAACAAUUUUUAGAGAUGAUCGAAUUUUUUUAUCAGAAAAUGCACGUGGCCUGCAAUUUUUUUUUAAAUAAUAAUUUAUUAUUAUUACAUUUUUUUCGCAAAGGACUAGAAUAGGGCACAGAGCAUUGCUUUUCAGAGCAUUUAAUAUAACCUACGGAUUGUAGGCUACGUUAUGGGUAGGCCUUAUUAUUUUAUGUGUGAACUGGUUUUAUAUAAAUCCUACUGUAUAGAGCAUCCGUAUUGAUAGGCCUACUAUUUAUGACAAAAAGUAGAACUACAGUGAGCUCGUAAUGUUGGAGCAAAGAUAUUUUUUUUCUUGAUUUGACUCUGUACUCGACAAUUUGAGAUUUAUAACCAAAAUAUUUACAUAUGAUUAUAGUGAACAUUCUCAGCAUUGUUUAAGAAUAUUUUUAUACACUUUUCACCAUGUGGAAAUAACAGCACUUAGGACACCAUAAUGUUUGGGACAUAUUAAUGUUAUGUAAAUGACAGGAGACAAGGUUAAUACGUUGUUGCUUUUCUUUUGCAUGCAAUGUCUGCUUGAAGUCUGUGACACGUAGACAUCACCAGGUGCUGAGUAUUUAGUCUGAUGAUGCUCUGCCAGGCCUGUACUGCCGCCAUCUUCAGCUCCUACUUGUUUUGGGGGCUAGUUGCCUUAAGUUUCCUCUUCAGUUGGAUUUAGACUGGGUGAACGAAUUGGCCCGUCAACAAUUUUCCUGUUUUUGGCUUUGAAAAAAAAAACUUCUGAUGUAGUGGUAUGUGUGAGAUUGUUGUCCUGCUGUAGGGUGAAGCACCGGCAAAUUAGCUUGGAGGCAUUUGGUUGAACUUUAGCAGAUGAGAUUAGUUCUGUGCAUUUCAGAAUGAGUUCUACUGCUGUCAGCAUUUACAUCAUUACUGAAGACAGUGAGGCAGUACCAGCGGUAGCCAUACACACCCAAACCAUAACAUCCCCACCACCAUGUUUCUCAGAUGAGGGGGGUGCUUUGAAACUUGGGCAAUUCCUUUUGGCCUCCACACUUUGCUCUUGCCAUCACUCUGAAGGGAAUCUUGGUCUCAUCUGUCCACAAGGCCUUUCAACCGGCUAUCCCGGUUUUGCAGCUAACUAGUGGUUUGCAUCUUGCAGUAUUGCCUCUGUAGUUCUUUUCAUAAAGUCUUCUGCAGACAGUAGUCACUGACACAUCCGACCCUGAUUCCUGAAGUGUGUUUCUGAUCAGUUGUGCAAGUGUUUGUCCCAAACAUUAUGGUGUCUUGAAAUAGGGGUGUGUGUAUAAAAAGUGCUGUCAUUUCUACAUGGUGAAACCAGAAUGUAUAAACAUACCCUUUAAUAAAAGCUAUUAACCACAUGUGAAUUGUUUGACCACAAAUCGAUAGUUCUGGGGUACAGAGCGAAAUCAUGAAAAAAAUGUAUUUGUCCCAAACAUUAUGGAGCUCACUGUAUGUGCGCCAUAGUUAAUGUGUCCUAAGAGCUUGUUUCUGAGUUUGUAUGGGGUAUUCCGGGUUGCGAUAGGAAAUUAUAAUCUAUAAAUACAGUUGAUGAAUUAUAUCUUGCUGGAUCAAUAAUUAAACAAUAUCCCUCUGGUUGCCUUUAGUAAUCAAUUCGCUUCUCCGCAAAUUCGAGGUAAUUAACUAUUACUUAACUAUUAUUAAUCUUCCAUUAGUGACAAGCAUUUGCACAGUCACUGAUUUAAAUAACCGCGACAUGUAACAUUAAACAAUGUCACUAGGAAUCUGAUGGCUUUAAACAAUAGCCUAUUAUAACGGUAAUAACGUGAAAAAAUGCGUAAGCAUGCUGAAAUCAUGGCCGUACCGACUGCGCACACUAUAAAUCUAAUAGUGUAACUAGCCUACUGCAACCGAAUGAUGCUUCAUAAAAAAAAUAAAAAUUAAAAAUAAAUUAAAAA